AUGAGUAGCCGGGGACCCGGCUCCACGGCGUGCGUUGGGGCACUGGGAGGAAACGCCACGCCAGUGGCCAGCCCUCUGCCAGGGGCCCUGUCGACUGGCGUAUCUCCCCAGAACUGCACGGUGCCCUUCAACGACAGCAGGGUGUUCCUGGUGGCUGUGUACAGCACCGUGUGCAUGCUGGGCCUGCCAGCCAACUGCCUGACGGCCUGGCUGACGCUGCUGCAGGCGCGCCAGGGCCACGUGCUAGCCGUCUACCUCUUCUGCCUGGCGUUGUGCGAGCUGCUCUACACCAGCACCCUGCCGCUCUGGGUCGUCUACAUCCAGAACGGGCACCGCUGGCUCCUGGGCCCGUGGGCCUGCAAGGUGACCGCCUACGUCUUUUUCUGCAACCUCUACAUCAGCAUCCUCUUCCUGUGCUGCAUCUCCUGCGACCGCUUCCUGGCAGUGGUGUACGCGCUGGAGACGCGAGGCCGCCGCCACCAGAAGACCGCUAUCCUCGUCUCCGCAUCUGUCUUCGUUCUCGUGGGGCUCAUCCACUACCCGGUGUUCCAGAUGCAGGAGAAGGAAACCUGCUUUGAGACGCUGCCGAUGGACCGCGAGAUCGCCGGGUACUAUUACACGCGCUUUGCCGUGGGCUUCGCUGUCCCUCUGUCCGUCAUCGCCUUCACCAACGAGCGCAUCUUCAGGAGCAUCAAGCUGAGUGCCGGCCUGAGCGCCGCGCAGAAGGCCAAGGUGAAGCGCCUGGCCGUUGCGGUCGUGGCCAUCUUCCUGCUGUGCUUCACUCCCUACCACCUGGUGCUCCUGGUCAAGGCCAUAGCCUUCUCCUACUACAAGGGAGACACGGGUGCUGUGUGCGCCUUCGAAAUCAAGCUGUACACAGUCUCUGUGGUGUUCCUGAGCCUGGCCACGGUGAACAGCGUGGCUGACCCCAUCAUAUACGUGCUGGCCACAGAAGUUUCACGCCAAGAAGUGUCCAGAAUCCACAAGGGGUGGAAAAAGUGGUCCAUGAAGACAGACGUCGCCAAGCUCACGUAUUCGAAGGAUUCACAGGAGGCACAAUCGCCCACAUAGCUCACAAACGGCUACGCCUUCCCCAAGCCUGUCCGCCCACCGGGGCCACCACUGGGCGUGCGGCCUCGCCACGCACCCUGGAGGGCCUGA